CAGUGGCCCGGCGGCGGGGGCUGCGCGCGGGCGCGGGGCCGCUGCGUGCGCGGGGAGCGCGGGGCUGCGCUCGGGUGCGCUCCUGGGCAUUCGCCGCCGCUGCCGCGCCUUUGAGUCAGCAAACUCCGCCGCGCGCCGGCCUCCCCGCGCGACCGCCCGCAGCUGCCGCGGAUCCGUCCUGUCCUGUGCUGAAGAUGCUUCCAGAAGAACAGAAAGAGGAGUUCGUGAGUGUCUGGGUUCGAGAUCCUAGGAUUCAGAAGGAGGACUUCUGGCAUUCCUACAUCGACUAUGAAAUCUGUAUUCACACCAAUAGCAUGUGCUUUACAAUGAAAACAUCCUGUGUACGAAGAAGAUACAGAGAAUUUGUGUGGCUGAGGCAGAGACUCCAGAGUAAUGCAUUGCUGGUACAACUGCCGGAACUUCCAUCUAAAAACCUGUUUUUCAACAUGAACAAUCGCCAGCAUGUGGACCAGCGGCGCCAGGGCUUGGAAGAUUUCCUCAGAAAGGUCCUGCACAACGCGCUCCUGCUUUCCGACAGCAGCCUGCACCUCUUCUUGCAGAGCCACCUGAAUUCAGAGGACAUCGAGGCGUGCGUUUCUGGGCAGACGAAGUACACGGUAGAGGAAGCAAUUCACAAGUUCGCCUUGAUGAACAGACGCUUCCCUGAAGAGGAUGAAGACGGGGAACAAGAGAACAAUAUAGAUUAUGGUUCGGAAAGUUCAUCCUCCGGGUUUGGACACAGUAGCGAUGACAGCAGUUCGCAUGGGUGUAAAAUGAGCACAGCUCCGCAGGAAUCCUGAAAAAGAAUUCUAACGUGACCAUCUUAGGAAUAGCAAAUUAUGUCCAGUCAUAGAGGAGAAAGCUGGCUAAUGAUAUAUUUUUACCUAAAGCUCACUGUCAUGAUAUGAGGUACUUAAAUUCUCCAAGACGUUGGGUUGUUUAUUCAUGCUGCUUUCAUGUUGUCUCAUUUUGGCUAAGCUGCCGUAAAAAGCUAAAGGCCCGUGAUUGCAACCCUCUCCUUUGUAGGCCAACAUUAUCGGUAAAACAAGAUCCUGCCCUCCAAGGACAUGGCUUAUAUGUUUAAAAAACACACACAACAAAAAACCUGGUUGGUUUUACUGAAUUUGAAAAGAUAGGUAAAUAGUUCGCAUUUAAAAGCCAGACAGUGGGUUCCUUUUUGAAUCAGCGGGGCAGUGUUAUCGUAAACACAGCAUGUAUGAGCUUAACCACGCUGAAGACUGACAGCCGAGGCCAGACGGCCUCGCUCAGACAUGUGGCUGAUAUUUUGUGGGUACCGCCCCCGCCCUGGGAAGACACUUCGCUUUUGGGUGUCUGAAAUCUUGUAAGAGAGUCGAGCCUUUCCAGUAUUCUCUUUCCCACGUAGAUGGGGAAGGGUAUCUUAGGAACAGACAUGCUAAAAUAAUGUUUACAUCCCAGACAGAACAGAAACAGGGCCAGUGACUUUGCUUAUACCUGCAAUAUGUAGAUUAAGAAAUACAGUUUCAUUGUCCAAAAAAUCAGCUUUAACACAUGGUUUCUGGAGACAGAGCAUUUGUUUUCAUUAUCGUUGUGUAAUUAGAAUUACAGGUUAAUGAUUUAUUUUCUGACUAAAUAUGCAGUUUCCUAUCACUAGAUAACUUUCUCAGUGUUGGUUACUUGUUACUUAUCUUGAAGUUAGAAGUAGGCUCUUAUACAAAUAUAUUUAAUGUUAUCAGUAAGUAUUCCCAUAAUUUAGAAAAGGAUAUAAAAUUAAUUAUUCAUUUUUUUAAAAGCCCUUUCUUUUUAGGUAGCUUCCAGAGGAUUGGUAUAACUUAAAAUAAUUCAAUAAAAUCUUUUUUUUUUUUUUUAAUGGCCCAAAGAGAAAACAUCUUAAACUACAUUGAACUUCAAAUUUCAGACGAGACAGCAUUUUCUUGAGAUAAUUACCCAAGCGUCUUCCCUGUUGAAUGGUACAAAAUAUCUCCGAAACUAACAGGAAGAUAUUUUUACAUAACUGGGAUAACUUGUUGCUUUAAUUAAAUGUUACCUCACCUCAUUUUAACUAGGAGUUUAAAAGUUACUGUAUUAUUAAAAAGUCUUUGAAAUGCUUGUAACUAAGAAGCAAUAGAAAAAAUAUUAAAUUUAGAAUGAUUCCA